CUAUGGGUAUGUUAUGCUAAGUACUACGUUUGAAAGAGCAGAGGAAGAGGAAUUCACUCUGCCUGCCUGACCUGUGCUGUCUGUCUCCCGAUCGAUCAAUGCUAUUGCGAGCUCCUCCUCUUCCUCUUCCUCUUCCUCCUCCUCCUCCUCCAGCCCAGCCAGCUCCCUCCCUCCUCUCAGCUCCACAAUAAAGAUCCAAUUUUGAAUCCGUUCCUCUCCUUCUCCUUCACUGCCGACUGCGACGGUGUACUUAACCUUUUUCGAUCUCCUCCCAAACUACAAGAGGUUGACAUUUUUUUGAGCCGUUUCCUACUGUUUUUCUGUCGUCUGAAUUCUCCCUGGAGCUUGGGCUCACGGCUACGGAAAGAGAACAGAUCAAGGAGCGUAGCAACUGAAGAUGAGUGAGAGCAAGGGCUUCCAGUUGGGUACCAUUGGGGCUUUGAGUUUGUCAGUCGUAUCCUCUGUCUCCAUUGUCAUUUGCAACAAGGCUCUCAUCAGCACUCUCGGCUUCACUUUCGCCACAACUUUGACAAGCUGGCAUCUUUUGGUCACAUUUUGUUCUCUUCAUGUGGCAUUAUGGAUGAAAUUGUUCGAGCACAAGCCUUUCGAUGCAACAGCUGUGAUGGGAUUUGGGAUACUAAAUGGAAUCUCCAUUGGACUUUUAAACCUUAGCUUGGGUUUCAACUCUGUUGGCUUUUAUCAGAUGACAAAACUGGCAAUUAUCCCAUGCACUGUUCUUUUGGAGACUCUGUUUUUCAGGAAGCAGUUCAGUAAGAGCGUACAAGGUUCACUUCUGAUCCUUCUUGUGGGUGUUGGGAUUGCAACUGUUACUGAUUUGCAGCUCAAUGCCUUGGGUUCUAUAUUGUCACUGCUUGCUGUUGUCACUACUUGCGUUGCUCAGAUUAUGACGAAUACCAUCCAGAAGAAGUUCAAAGUUUCUUCAACGCAGCUCCUGUAUCAGUCCUGUCCCUACCAGGCAAUAACUUUGUUUGUCAUUGGCCCUUUCCUGGAUGGUCUCUUGACGAAUCAGAAUGUCUUUGCUUUUAAAUAUACCCCUCAAGUGCUGUUCUUCAUCGUUCUAUCCUGCUUGAUUUCUGUUUCUGUGAACUUCAGUACCUUUUUGGUCAUUGGAAAAACAUCUCCAGUAACCUAUCAAGUCCUCGGACAUCUGAAGACUUGUCUAGUCUUGGCCUUUGGCUACGUGCUGCUGCACGACCCUUUUAGCUGGCGCAAUAUUUUGGGUAUCUUAAUUGCUGUAAUUGGGAUGGUACUCUAUUCUUACUACUGCACAGUCGAGAGCCAGCAAAAAGCGAAUGAAGUGACCACACAGAUGGCCCAGCCGAAGGAAAGUGAAACGGAUCCUCUGAUAAGCGUGGAGAAUGGAGCCACAAUUUUAGGUGAUGGUGUUGUAGCAAAAGGCCCGGCAUGGAGCUCAAACAAGGACCUGCACGCAUAAACUCAUCAGAUGAUAUCCUUUUGUUAAGGUUAAGAAGCAUUUGCCUGGAAGCAAUUUUACCCCUGAUGAUGGAUGCGAAGAUGAUGCUUUACGAGCAGGUUCUGCUGAGAAACUACUUAUAGAUUUUUAAGGACUUUGUGUAAAACUCUAGUGUCUGUCUGCAGGAAGGGUUUAAGAGAGAUGUAGUUCUAUACAACAGCAUUUUGGUCCCCUUUUUUUUUGUCUUUUCUUUUCAUUAAUAUAUUGUCGUGAUAAACAAAAUCUUGCUGGAAGAAAAAAAGUAAGAUUUGGCUACUUGGAAGAAAUAUAGGAGAUGUGUACUUCCCUAAAA